CGGGAAGAUAUACCCGACUUCCUGAAAGGGAAACUCCGAGCUAAAACCCCGAGGCAUACUCCGACCGAAAGCAAGGUGCUUCCAAACAUCACGGUCUGCCCAUCCAGGACUAUAUAAGUUUGAGCACGAUGCCAAGGUGUCAGUAUUGAGGAGGUAGGAGUUAUUUCAGUUUCAGGGUCUCUACAAGUCUCGUUCGGUCUCAUAGCUCGAUUCCUGUGGCUGGGAUUCUACAGUCUAUACCAAUUGACCUCCACCCGACAAGAUCCUUAUUUAAUUCAUUGAUAUGACACCACCACUAGUAUCUAGAGCUUUUCACGACCAACACGUCGUCAUUCUUGGGGGAGCAUAUGCUGGCCUCUCCACGGCGCUGAACCUUCUACGGAUCUGCGACGGGACAUUCAAACAUUCUCUUAAACGGGAUGGCAAAGGUGGUCUCCCAGAACGACAUGGAAGAGGCGGGUUUAGAGCCCAGAGCCUACCUCCACCACGAGCUCCGCAGAAUAAACCCAGAAUUACCAUUCUAGACCCCCGAGACGGUUUCUACCAUGCCGUCGAAACGCCAAUGGCACACACUUCAAAAGGCUAUAUCAGCAAGCCAUGGCGUACGUGGGACGAGAUACCCGAGCUGAAGAAAGGUGGCGUUUCGGUUGUCAAAGGAACCGCCGUGAGAGCGGAUCCAGGGGCAAAGUCAUUGCUCUAUUUGUCCACAGACUCAGAACAGCCGCAACAAAGAUCCCUUGAUUAUGAUUAUCUUGUCGUUGCUACGGGGCUCCGGCGUUCGUGGCCUACUGUUCCAACGGCAACAAACAAGGCAGAAUACGCCACCCAAGCUGCGAGGUAUAUCGACUACCUGCAGACGUGUAAUUCCAUUGUUAUCAUCGGGGGAGGUGCAGUUGGGAUCGAAAUGGCUGCAGAAAUCAAACACAGCUAUCCCUCCAAGGACGUGACCUUAAUACACUCGCGCCCCUCACUUUUGUCCUCCGAGCCCGUAUCCAUCGAAUUCCGCGAUCAAGUCUACAAAGUCAUCCAAAGUGGUGGAGUGAAUGUCCUCCUUAGCAAUCGUGUCCUCGAAGUGACCCAAGACGACAACUCUCCAAAGACAAUAACCCUCCAGAACGGGCCCACCAUCUCAGCCGACGAAGUCAUCUGGGCCACCUCAUCCGCAGCACCGAUCACCGACUUCCUACCCACUGAAGCACUAGACGAGAAAGGCUUCGUGAAAGUUCUCCCAACCACCCAAUUCUCCUCAAAUAUCUCCAACUCAACUUCUCACUUCGCCGUCGGCGAUGUAAUCUCCACUUCCGGAAUCCGCCUGGCCCCCGGCGCCAUCAGAAUGGGCAAGAUAGCCGCAACCAACAUCGCCCAGAUGCUCGUCGCUAAGGAAGAUUCAGACGCAGGAAAACCAUCCUUCUCUAUAGAGCAAGCACAAGCCCACGCAAAGCCACCAAAAGCCAAUCUAAAACUAGUAAUCGGAGCAUUUGGAGCCGCAUAUGACAGCAAAACAGGGGACAUAAUGUGUGGACCGGAGGUGAAGCAACGGAUCUUCGGGGAUGAUAUGGGAUUGACUCGUGCAUUAGGAGCACUGGGGAUAUCCUCGACUCCCUAGGAUGAUAUAUAGAACGUGGUUCGAGAGGAUAACCCAAAUAUUGGUAUCGUAUCUUAGUUCUUUUGUAGAAAUAAUAUAAUCCAAUAUCAACUCGGGAGUCAAUCACCAUCAUGACCUCACUAGCAUAGCUUCAUUAU